CAACGGUUCUUUUUGCAUACACAAGCCAACGUUUAACUUCCGCUUCCCUGGAAAAGCGUCUCAAAAACUCUAUUACGAUGAUUUCUUAUUACCAAACAUUGAAUAUCAACGCCCACUUAUGGUCAGAGGAGGAUAAACACCUGUUUCCGACCAUAAGCAAGCCCGUUUCCCAUGGCGGAUUCAGUUUGUCUCCCACCGGUCAAUUUGAAAGAAACAUAAAAAGACUUGGCUUCAUAGUGGUUCCGCCGAAUAACAGAUUUCCCCUCUCGCUACGCGACAAUGAGUCCGCCCAGAACCCAGUAAAGAUUCCCAAGUUCCUCCUGGACAACAUACUGCUCUUCAUCGAAUCCUCGCGAUUCUCUUUCCUUAAGCCGGCCAACAUGCGCGUGGAGGUGAAUGCACACAUCGUGUGCACCAGCGAAGUUCUGGAGCUGAUGAUGUGUGCUCCUUACGAGAACAAGACGGGAUGGACACUGGGAGUCUCCCGGUAUCGAAACACAAUGUACAUUUGCCGCGUGGACAGCGGGCAGACGGACCCCUUCGAUCAGGACAAUCUCAGGAGGAUCAUGCAGGAAAGGUGGCUUAAGAAACUGCACAAAUACUGUGUGUUCGAGAAUGGCAUCGUAGUGCCCAAUAACAAGCAAUCCUCUGAAGAAGCUGGAGCUUUUCAUGGAGUAUUUUCUUUUGACCUUAAUGGCAAACGAGUUCUGUUCGAUUCACCUGUACUGGCUGAACUGAAUCCCAAUGGGUUUUGUGGUCCUGCCCAAAACUGGGCUGAGCUGCAGUUGCGACUGGUGCACAUGAAUCGCCUGGAUUGGACGGCUCACAAUCGCACGGAGGCCCUUAAAUGGUGGGUCAAGUGCUUCCUGCUUGGCAUCGAAAAUUUGUAUAUAGCCCAUCGCGAUGACAAUGCCUUUGUGCAUAACAUCCAGAAGACUUCUGUGCGAGAUUUGUGGAAAGACUGCGAAAAAGAUUGGUCUACCGGUGUGUGUGCCAACUUUAUGGUCCGCCUGCUGGGCUGUAUGUCCCAAGUUAUGGCACCGAUCGACUGUGCGAGCACCGUUUACCUUUUCGAGUACGACGCAACUCAAGGCAAAGUGGCGUACAAGGCCUUCCAAGGACGAAACCAAUACACAUUCGUGGCUGACUGGUUCCGAAUGAUGUUAGAUGAACACCAGGAAGACAUAUUCCCAAAGAGCGACGAACCGUAAAAAAAAUAAAACAUGUCAAAGUAGUCCCCAUAGUACUUUUAAGAACACCAAAAAUUUCAAUUUAAGAUGGCCUGGUGCCGUAUAUUACUGGACAAACACAUCGAAGACAUUAUUCCUUAGAAAUGGAAAACAUUAAACUGUUUUACUUAUUUAAUGAAGAUUUAAGUUUAUUGCGACAUAAUCAUCAAUUUGUGUUCGUACGCGUUUCAUCACUAUCAAAUAAUUUAAUACAAUUUUUGCUCAAGUA